UUUGAUAUAUAUAUAUAAUUGCCAGUUGGAGAUCUUUCUUGGUGGGAGCCUGGGAGGGAAUGGUGAUUUAGCUUUUGAUGAGAAUGGGAAGAGGAUCAUGGGUUUGUACUUUAUCCACUCAGGUGGCUCUCUGCUUUGCUCUUUACCUUGUUCUCAACACGGGACAGUUCCAGAGGUCUCUCUAUGGCGACAUUGAUUCUGUGGGCACGUAUUUCAUCAGUGUUUCAGGGGGUUUUAGGCCUCUUCAAGAACAGAUCCAUCUUCUCAAGCAGAUGGAGAUGGUUGCAAAGAAGAACAGAGCUAAAUAUGUGAUCAACAUUAGUGAACUUGGAGAAGGUGAUCCGCUCAUGCAAAAUGCAACCCAGUAUUACCAGUCACUAGAAGUUCCAUGGUAUACAGUUCAAGCUUUGAAAGGAAAAAGUGGAAAUUACUACCUUAAACACAUUGAAGUCACUCAUGGACGUACCUUAGACCUUAUUGCUAUAGAUACUACAUUAUAUCAGGAUGUUUCAAGCAGUAAGAAAGAUGACCAACUAAAAUGGCUCAUAAACAUACUUGAAGACAGCCAAAGUUAUUGGCACAUUGUUGUGGGUUUUCAUCCAUUGGUAGCCUGUGGUGAAGAUGUUAAGGACAGGAAAAUAGAGAAAAGCUUUGAGCCUUUAAUUCAUACAUUUCUCAAAUAUGGAGUGAAUGCGUAUCUUAGCAGGAAAGCUUGUAAUAACUCUGUCGAUAAAGGUGGUCUUGAUGAUUCGAGCAAUGUAAGUCGUGUCUAUGGACCAGACAUGAUAUCAGCAAAUCAAGAAUUCCUUUACAGCAUGGAAAUAACAAAUGGUUUCCUUCUCCAUAAAGUCACUGAUUUUGAAAUUGUAACCUACUUCGUUACAUCUGAAGGGGAUUUCGUGCGAAAGGUUGCUCUUCAACCACCAAGGGGUAAAGCAAAUAUGUAGUGUUCAUGCUCGUACUGGCUUAGCUCAAUAGUCUAGUCGGCAGUAUUUGGGAGAAGAGACUAAAGUUCGGCGGCAGUGUGGGGAUUAUGCCUCCCUUGUGCGCACAGGCAUUUGGCCUUGUCUGCUGAGCUAUUAAGUCACCGUGAUUUAUACUCUCAAAUGCUCUGUGAAGUGGAGUGUGGAGGGCCUUCUGGGAGAAGGGAAUAUGUAGUGUUCAUUGUUCAGGAAGUGACUCAUUGUCUAUCAUUCUAUUCUUUAAUGCUUUUGCCAUUUAUACUGUGCUCAUUUAUAUCCACAGUUUCCCUUCUUGUCAAUUGAGGCCAUUUUAUUC